AUGACUCCUCCAAGAACCCCAACUCACUCUAUCCACUCUGAAGAAGUGAAAUUAUCUCCUCAAAAUGAUGAAAAUGAUUAUAAAUCAAUUGCAACCAAAUUAUUUAAUGAAACUUUUAUUUCAAUCCAACCUGAAGAAUAUACUCAAUUCUUAUCAGGUACUGAAAAUGAUAGUGAAAAAAUUAGAGAUUAUUAUAUGAAUUUAUUCGAUUGGGAUUUAAAUAUCUUAACUUCAAUUCGUACUUUAUGUUCAAAAUUAUAUUUAAAAGGUGAAUCUCAAGAAUUAGAUCGAAUUUUAACAUCAUUUACAAAAGCUUAUUUAAUUCAAUUUCCAAAAAAUAACUUUUAUACUUCAAAUUUUGAACAAAUUUAUAUUAUCAUUUAUUCCAUUAUUUUAUUAAAUACUUCAUUACAUAAUAAUUUAGAUUUAAAAAAGAUAAGUCAAACUGAUUUUAUAAAAAAUACUUUAACAACUUUUUUACAUCAAGAUUCAAGUUUAAAAUUAUCUAUAAAACAAAGAAUUGUUAUUGAACAAGAAUUAUCUAAAAUUUAUGAUGAUUUAUUAAAACAUGAAUUACAAUUAAAAGGUACCCCUCAAUCAGAUAAGAAUAAUAAUAAUAAUAAUUCUGCUGAUAAUAAUAAUACUAAUGGUGAUAAUCAAUUAACAAGACAUCCUACAAAUGGAUCAGGAUCCAUUUGGUCAACUGAUGCUCCAAAUAAUAAUAAUAAUAAUAAUAAUAACAAUAACAUUUUUGGUUCAAGAAAAUUAUCAAAUGCCGCUAAAAGAUUAUCUUCCCUUUCAAGUAAUCAUCAUCCAUUACCACAACCACCUCAUGUUAAUGCUAGUAGUGUUUCAGUUAAUACUUCUGGUCAAACAUCCAUGAAUCCUUCCAUGGCUCCAUCAACCAAUACUAAUAAUGCAGCAAGAGCUGGUUUCAGAAGUGCAUUAAUGACAGAUCAAGCUAUUAAAGGAUUAAGAAAUCGUCAAUCUAUGGAUCAUUUAAGAAAUAUGCAUAGUGGUCAAAAUCAUCCAUUAUAUAGAAAAUCUUCUAGAUCUUCUAUUAUAAGUCGUGAUUCAACAAAUUCAAAUUAUGUUAAUAGUGGUGAUGAUACAAUUUCAAUGAUUUCAGUUGAUUCUAAAUUUAAACAACUUAUAAAUAGUAAUCAAAAUAAUACUACUAAUGAUUAUGAUUUUAAUAAUCAUUUUGAUGAUACUAUGUCAAUUGGUGAAGAAAUUGAAAAUUUUAAUAUUGAAAAUUAUCAAGAUGAAUAUGAUUUAACUUUAGAAUUACAAGGUUCACCAUAUUUAAAAGAAGGUUUAUUAAAAUUAAAAAUCUUACAUAAUGAUCAACAAGAUGAAACUUCUUCAAAUGCUCAUUCAAAUGGUCCUUCUAAUGCUUCAAUAACUUCAACUUCUACAACAAGAAGUUUCUUUUCAUUCUUUGGUGGUAAUAGAAAUUCAAAUAAACGUGAACCAACCAAUACUACUACUGGAACUUCAUCAAGUUUAAUUCCCAUGAAUAAUAAAUUUAAUGAAAAUUUCGUAGUGGUUUCUAAAGGUCAAUUAUCAUUAUAUUCAUUUGAUCCAAAGAUUAUUAAGAAACAUCAACAAAUGGUACGAAAAUUAAAACAAACUCAAAUGUAUAAUAAAGAAGAAGAUAUUGAUAGUGCUAUUGGUGAUGGUAAUUGGCUUAAAAAUGCUGCUAAUGUGGGUAAUUAUAAUUUAUGUUCAACAUUUGCUAAAUUAGAAAAAUCAAUUCAUAAUACUCAACCUUCUGGAAAGACUUAUGUUUGGUCAUUAAGUUUCCCACGUAUUUCCAAUAAAAAAUCAUUUAAAAAGUUUUUAUUUGAAGCUGGUACUAAAGAAAUUGCCCUUGAAUUUAUUAAUACUUGUAAUUUUUGGGCUUCUAAAAUUACUGCUAUACCAACUUUAGAAGAAAGUGUUAGUUCAAUUGAAUAUGGAUGGACUAAUCUUGAUUAUCUUAUUCAACAACGAGUAAAUUUUAAGAAAUCAAAGAAUAUUAUGAAAUAUGAAUCAUUACCUCGGGGAAUUUAUCUUACUAAUUCAUCUAAUAAUAAUUAUGGAUUAAUGAAACAAUUUGGUAAAACUUUAAAUUAUUAUAAUAAUUUAAAGAAUUUAUAUCAAGAAUUUCUUAGUAUGAAACAAAGAUUUUUAAAGAAUUUCCCUAUCAAACAAUUUAAUGGUUCAAAUUAUUCCCGAAUUAUUCAUAAUUAUGAUUUAAAAAUUGAAGAUUAUAAAGAAGAAUUAAAUAAAUAUAAGAAUUAUUUAAUUUUGAUUGGAUUUGGAUUACAAUUAAGAUUUGAUUUAGAAACUGAACAAAAGGAAGAAGAAAAAGAAGAAUCUAAACAACAACAAUCUGAUGAACAAACUCAAGAAGUUGAAGAAGAAGAAGAGGAUGAAGAUGAUGAAUUAACUACUAUGGUUAAAUUUGAAAUCAAGAAACUUUUCUUUAAUAUGAAAGAUAUUGGUAAUAUUAUUCCAACUUUUGAAGCCAGUAAAACUAUUAGUGGAUUAGCUUUAUUAGAUCAUGAACAAUUUAUAAAGAAUUUUAAUCCAUUAGUUAAAUCUCCCAAGAAUUUCACAUUAUCAAAUUUUAAAGAUACUGAAAGUCCAAUUCAACAAUUAUUAUCAUCAAGUUCAAAUGGUAAUCAUCCCGGUGAAAUAUCAAAUAGUCAUAGUACUAGUACUAUUAAAGAAGAAGAUGAAGAUGCUGAAGAAGAAGAACUUGGAGAUAUUAAAGAUCUUGAAAAAAUUGAUACUGAAACUAAAGUUGAAACACCAAAUUUAUCAACUGAUUCAUUUCAAAUUAUAAAAGAACCAGCCACUGCUAUGAGAGUUAGAGUUUUCGGUGGAGCUGUGUUAGUUUAA